CUGUUAGCCAAAGUCUUCUGUCUGCAAGAGCCGCCAUACUUGUCAGCUCCAAAGAUCCAGGAGAGGACUGACAAAGGCAACACCACAUCUUGAUUAUGUCUGGCCCAGUCUCAAGCCGAUCUCGGGUUUACACAGAUGUGAACACACAGAGACCCAGGGAGUACUGGGAUUACGAGUCCCAUGUUGUGGAGUGGGGGAACCAAGAUGACUACCAGUUGGUCAGGAAGCUGGGUCGUGGCAAAUACAGUGAAGUAUUUGAAGCUAUCAACAUCACAAACAAUGAGAAAGUAGUUGUUAAAAUACUUAAACCUGUAAAGAAGAAGAAAAUCAAGCGAGAAAUAAAAAUAUUAGAGAACCUGCGAGGGGGCCCAAACAUUAUCACACUUUCAGACAUAGUCAAGGAUCCAGUGUCUCGAACACCUGCUCUGGUUUUUGAACACAUUAACAACACAGACUUUAAGCAAUUAUAUCAGACACUAUCAGAUUAUGACAUCCGAUUUUACAUGUUUGAGAUCUUAAAGGCCUUGGACUACUGCCACAGUAUGGGAAUCAUGCACAGAGAUGUCAAGCCUCACAACGUCAUGAUUGAUCAUGAGCACAGAAAGCUUCGUCUGAUAGACUGGGGUUUGGCAGAGUUCUACCAUCCAAGUCAGGAGUACAAUGUUAGGGUGGCGUCCAGAUACUUUAAAGGACCUGAACUGCUUGUCGACUACCAGAUGUAUGACUAUAGUUUAGACAUGUGGAGUUUAGGGUGCAUGCUUGCCAGUAUGAUCUUCAGAAAAGAACCCUUCUUCCAUGGACAUGACAACUAUGAUCAGCUUGUACGAAUUGCCAAAGUACUGGGCACAGAAGAUCUAUAUGACUACAUUGACAAAUACAACAUAGAGCUUGAUCAACGAUUCAAUGACAUCUUGGGCAGACAUUCCAGGAAAAGGUGGGAGAGAUUUGUGCACAGUGAGAACCAGCAUCUGGUCAGUACUGAAGCCCUGGAUUUUCUGGACAAACUCCUGCGCUAUGACCACCAAGCUCGCCUCACUGCCCGGGAAGCAAUGGAGCAUCCAUAUUUCUAUCCCAUAGUAAAAGAUCAAGCAAGAAUGAACUCCACAUCAGGUCUUUCCACUGGCUCCACUCCUGUAAGCACCUCCAGCAUGAUGACUGGAGGCUUCACAUCCAUGUCGUCAUCACAAGCCAUGCCCAACAUGGCUGCAUCACCAGUCAUCUCCUCCCCCAAUGCUUUGGCCACACAGGUUUCAGCAACUGCUGGGGUGCAGCCUUGAUCAUGAUUCACUCAUCUUAGUUUCCUGACCUCAUUUUUACAUUGUCUGUAAAGAAUUAAUAAAAGACAAAUUUGGAUUUGUUUUCUUUUUUCCUUUAUUUGUUUACAUUCAGUAAUUAUGUAUUAAUAAUCGGACACUCACAAAAUUCUACAUGUAAAAAUGUAGCUGCAUUCUUUUAUUAUUAUUAGAGAAGCAACUACACUGUAGAAAUUCAGGAAAA